CCCCGAGCCCGGGGCCUCGCGGCCACGACGACGACGCCCCAGGCAGCAGUCGCCCGCUAGGGCCGGCACGCGCGAGUGAUGUCCAGCACCGAGGCGACGCGCCACGCGAGCGCCCGCCUCGUCGAGAUCCUCGCCAAGGCGGCUAAGCUCGAGGUUACGGGCGAGGAGCUCCUGGGGACGCGGCCCGCGAGGAAACUCCUCGCCAGGACGAGCGGCGCCUUUGGGCGAUGCGCCCUCAGGCUCGGGCUCCUCGCCCUCGUGCUCGCCGGCCUUUACGUGUACGCGCGCUGGCCGACGCAGGAGGUCGAGACCGUGAGGACGGUGCUCAGGAGGACGUGCGAUUCGAGCAUAGUCGAUCGAGUGGCAGCCCUGGUACACUCGACCUCAUCGUCACAGGACGAUUGCUAGUGGAAAGCAAAGUGUCCGAGUCAUCUCCAGGAUGGUAGGACCUCGGGGCGAUGCCCCGGAUUCCUUAUCAGCAAUGAUGGGCGUUAUAGCGCGUGUUUACAUUCUCGGCGAGUGUCUCACCGAGUGGCACCGAUAAUCCGCGCCGUAUUUUUCUCUAUCCCAUUGUUUUUCAUCGAUUUUUCAGCGCUGCUUCUCGGUACACGUCGACCGAUACUUUUCACGUAGA